ACAACCUGUGUCCGAAAACGUACAUGUAUGAUGUCCUGAAGUAGAGAAUGAUUUACUGGGUGAUGUCUAGGAGUGCAGUAAACAGUUAUAUGUGUUUCCUGUUUUCUUGGGACAAGACUGGGAUUCAAGACUCAUUUUAAUUCUAUAUUUUGGCUAUUCUUUUUUCAGCUUAUUUCAUCUGGUCAAGAAUAUUUCAUUUUUUUUUAAUUUUCAAAAAAGAAUAACAUUGUAUAGAAAAAGGAAUUAGAUUUGUGGUCAUGCAAAAUUAAAUGUAAGGGCUGUUUGAUUAAGGCCAUUAAAAAAAAAGAAGACAUUCGGUGGUUAAGAGACUUGUGUUGUGGAUGAAGAUUGUUUGAAGGAGUGCACUAGCAGUGAACAUAGAGUUCUUAGUGACUGAUGGCAUCGUUUUGAUCUACGGAGUGUUAUCUGUCAGCAAGGAGAGUACAGUUGAACGUGUGACUGUCGUGCUUUCAGGAAGUUUCAACAAAGAUGUCCAAAUCAAAUGAUGACUGUUUUUACUUCUUCUCUUCGUCGUGUGCAAAGGGAGACCAAUGUGUGUACCGACACUGUGAAGCUGCCCGGCAGAGUACUGUGACCUGUGUAUACUGGAAACAGAACAGGUGUAAAACUGAUGAUUGUCGAUAUCGUCAUUCAGAGACCAUCGAACCAAUCAUACAGAACAAAGCAGAGUUGCCAUGCUACUUUGAGAGUAUUGCUAGUGGCUGUACCAGACCAAUGUGUCCUUUUCAACACCUAAAACCUCGACCCAAAAACAUACCCAAGACUAGCAGCAGUAGCGCCAACAUUAUCACCCUAGUUGAUGCUACAGAGGAGGAUGAGAUGAGUCAGCCCAUGCCAGGGAGCCUUGCUGAGACCCAUUCCAACUACAGCCUACCAUCCGACAUAGGACCUGUUAUAGAUCCCAUCAUAGUAAACCCAGGAGAGGAUUCUGAUUUCGACAGUCCAUACAAUUCACCAGUGAAAAGUAUUGUUUAUAAAUCAGCAUCAGUGUCAAACAAUAUUGAUUUAACUAGUAGAAAAGAUUUGACAUUUCAAGAACCAGAAGAAAAAAACAAUCUGCCUGUAGCUGAUCCAGAGAACAAAGCACCAUCCCCCACCUUACCAGAACCCUCCAUUAAAACAUCACCUCCACUCAAACCUUCCUUGAAAAGAAAAGCUAUUUCAUCAUCUGACCUAUCAAAAACUCCCUUACAAGUAAAAAAGACUUCACCAACAACAAAAUCUAGUCAAAAAAUAAGAAAGGUAUCUGCAAAACAAGUUGGAGCAGGAACUCGACCAUCAAUAACACGUCGGACAAAACAGCCAGAUAAGAAAGCUGUGACGCCUCAACAGAAACGUGCAAGGAAAGCUGUAGCAACAGCAAAGGAACACUCUAAACAUGUCGGGCUUGUGUCGAAGUCAGCACAGUCUCUAGAGCAAGCAAAGCAGCACACUGUUAAGAAAGAUAAUAAUCCUGUUGCUGUGGAUCCAAAAGUCAUAUCAUUGAAGAAAAAGGAGGCAGAAAAAAAAGAAGAUGUUAAGACAACUGAUGAAGAGAAUUCAGAUGAGGACCUGGGUAUAAAAAGCUUGGAGCAAACAUUGAGGGAGAGAGCACUCCGGUCAAUGGGUAUCAUUGAACUGAAAAGUGGACGGGUUGUCAGAAUCAAAGAUCAGCCAGAGAAGAAAGAAGAGCCUGUGAAAAGAAGAAGACGUUCCAGUGACGGAGACAAAAGAAAGAGUGACACAUCAGAGAGAAAGUCCACUGAAAAGUUACCAGUGCACAAGCGAAUAGGUACUUCAAAACGCACACCACCAAGUAGGAAGAGGAGCAUAGAGGAACGCAGCUCUCAGGCCCGAAACAAAGAGAGGGAGGAGAGGAUCAAACGUCUAAAGCUGGAACAGGAACGAGAAAAUAAACGCAGAGAAAUCAUAGCUGCAAAGAGGAAGGCGCGUGCCUUAAAAGCUGCAAAAGCUACAGUAGUUAAAAAGGAGGAAGUGGAGGAGGAAUCGGAUAGUGAGGAGGAAAGCUCGGUCAGUGAGGUAGAGGAAGCUGAGGUGUCUGAAGGUGAGAAGAGUGCAUCUGAAGGAAGCAGUGAUGAAGGAGAGAAAGAGGAGGAGGAGGACAUUGGAGAGGAGGUGGACAUUGAACUAGGAGAGGGGGAACCUGAGACGUCCGAGGAGGAGGAAGAAGAAGUAAAGAAAGAGGUUCCAGUGAAGUUUGUUUUUGAUACAAGGAGAGCGAUCAGAAAAUCAGAUUCUUUUGAAAAUUUCACGAUCAAGAAAUCUAUUCCUAUUCAGCCAGUUAAAGCAAAAGUUAUUGAAGAAGUCACAAUCAAGAAAACAUUUGUUGUACCGCCAAAGGAAGAAAAGGAAAAGCCCAAACGUAAGAGAAGAGUGAUACUGGAGGAUGAUGAGCCAGUUUCAGCUCCACUGCCAAUAUUUUCUGUCAGAAGCAACAUAACCAAACCCAAGGAGGUGCAGAAAAAGACUGUGGAGGUGAAGAAGCCAAAGCUAGCUAAGACAAAGGAGGAGCAGAGGCCAGAGUCUGUCGUCCGACCCAUGGUCAAGCCAGUGGUCGCGAUAAGUGCUCCAAAAGUCAAGACCAUAAAUGUAUGGAACAGACGUGCAUGGGACAGCAGACCAAAAGAAUCAGGGGACAGCGCAGACUCUCGUCUUGGUGGUAUCCGCAGCAGACUGGGAGUACCUGGGGCCCCAACAGGGGGUUGUGCUGGGGACCAGGAGACUGGUAGCAAGGAGGCAGAGCCAAAGAUCAAAAAGAGACUUGGCUGGAGGAAGACACCAGUUGUGUCAGCUGAGGACAACACAGACUCGGAUUCCACUAAAGCAGUGAAAAAAUCUGUGAGCCUAGCAGCAAUCAGGGCAAAAGUUGGUCAUCGACAACCAGCUGGGAGCGAUGAAGACUUGACCGUUGUCCAUUCAGAAACUAGUGAAGAAAUGUCUGCAGCGACCAAAAAGUAUAGACAACCCAUACAGAUAUAUGUACCACCAGCAAAGAAACGAACUUCUGUGCCAGAUGACGAGGAACCCAUAAAGAGGAGACUAGUUGAAAAAAAUAUGGAGGGAUUAAAAGACCAGAUUAAACCCAAAGAAGUGAAAACGUUUGUUCAGAUAAUGGCUGAAAAAAGAGAACAACAGAAGAUAUUAGUGGAGAAACAGAAGAACACUUUGGCGUCAUUAGGUGGUUCCCCAGGCAAAAAGGUGUUAAGGCCUGUAAAGUUUGGCAUUGACGAAAAAGACUUGGCAGAUGUCAAAGUAAAAUCACGAUUACCAGGAGAAUCUCCUCUGUCAAUGCCUGUGUCUAAUUCUGUACAAUCAUCAAGUUCAUCCUUAUCAAUAUCAUCAUCUUCACGACACAUGCCAGUUUCAUCAUCACAUUCAGAUUCCACAGUUACCUCAUCUAACUCCAAAACCUGGUCAUUUAUUGAAAAAGAACAAAAACAUGUAGCUCCAAUCUCAAGCAAAUCUUCACAUGGCACGCCUGCCAGUAUUGACAAUAAAGGCGAUGAUGCCCCUGAGCUAGACAAUCUGUUUACAGAGAGGAACGGUACCUUAGGUAAACCUCAGACAUCUGUGUUUAAAGCUGCACCUACAUUUGCUGUGUCAGAGGUUAGCUCUACACAAGAUUUAAACGCUGCAGGAGACGGUUCUGCAGGACUGUCACAGUACAGGGACCAAGUUAAUAUUGCGGCAUCAUCACCGCCAAGCAAUAAGAUGGAAUCCAUCAACACAAUUGCUGUUGAUAUCCGUGAGGAAGAAGAGAAUGUAUCACCUGCCAAGAGAUCUUCACAUAAUGACAGUUGGCUAGACAUUGACAUUAGUGACCUGGACGAAGAUAUCACAGAAGAUGAAACCAACGACGACGACCUGCUCAGGGAAAUUGAUGAACUUCUUGCAUAAGGCCAAUCAUGAACCAGGUGUUCAUCACCGAUCUCUUAAAAAUAAUACAUUAUAACCUGCAUUUAUCAAGACUCAAGCUUCAUUAGUGGAAGGUGCCGAAGUAGACGAACAUUACAAAGAAUAAGAUGAUUAAGACCCUGUCAGAAUGCUUUCUGGAUGUAUACUGUUAAUCGAUGAAUACGAUUUACUUAAGUACUUCAUCAGUUCAUGAUGUGGUGAUUGAAUAUUUGUGCUAUUAAUUAAAAUUAAUUCAUGUAUGAGUUAUAGAAUAACAUAUAAACAUAUCUAUAGUGGUGUCAUGUAUUAAAGGUGCUUCUGGAAUUGAUGUUAGUAAUGUGUAGUUUUAGUUGACUUGUUUGUAUUGAUUUGAUGAGAUAAUUUUGUGGGUAAGAAUUGUAAGAGUGAGUUAAAGAGUGGAUUGAAAAAGGUUGGUUAGGAGCACAAUUAAAUGGGGAACAACAUUGUGUGCUAUUCCAGAUAUGAAGGGGAUUCAUUCAUUGGUAACAUGUUGUGGGGGAGGGUGGGGGGAGGUUCUAUACAAUUUCUUUAACAUUUAAUUUGAAUAUUGGACCCCUGGAAAAACAAUUAGAUAUCAAAAUCAAAACAAAGAGCCUAGUUGUCUCUCCCCACUCCAUAUACUUAUUUCUGGAAUGACGCCAAGUUUGUGAAAACUUCUUUUGACUUGUAUGAUAUAAUAUACCCUCAGAUCAGAGGAAUUUGAUAAUCUGGUGUCUGGGUUAUUUUAUAUUAUUGAACAG